AUGCCGGUGGGGCACAGGCGGGGAAGAGACGCCGGGGGGGCGGCGCGGCCAGCGCGGCCGUCGCGAGGGUCGCGGGGACCUGGCUCUUCCCUCAGCAACAAGACAUUGCCGCCGCCGCCAUUUUGCCCUUCCACUCCGGUGUCGCCGCCGCCGUAUUCCGCCGCAGGUUUCCCGGAUGUGGGCAUUUCCCGGCGUCGCUUGCGCGGGGGCCGAGGACUGGGGGCUUCUGCCCGCCCGGCCGCCGGCAGGGAGCGCAGCCUGCGGCCUCCCGCCCUCCGCCCUCUGCCCUGCGCCCGCCGCCCGCUCCCCUGUGUGGGGCCAGCAGAGCCCCGCGCCGCCCCCGCCCGCGCUGCCCAGGUGACUCGCCCCGGCGCGGCUCGUGGACCGCGCUCUCGCUCGCCGAAGCCCACGCACGGACCUCACUGUUGUUAUUUGUCAGUCGAGCUCUAUGGCGAGUAUAGAAUAAAGAUGCGCAUCUCAAGGAGCUUAAUUCGCAGAAGGAAACAGCAGACCGUUUUGAGUCCCACUCACAUACUAAAACCCUGCCAUCAUGGCUGGAUCAAAAAAAGCUGUCCAAAUGGUGAGAGGCUGCACGGAGUAUUUUCAAAUAUAUGGGUGAGAAUUUGUUGGGAAUGCUGUGGGAGGGACGAUCAGAUGUAGGCUGGAGAUGCCUUAAAGUCCUCCCACCUCUGAGAUCCUGCAGCCCUCAAAAAAACCAUUUCAUAGUUUCAUGAAAGGCAGUAAGUGACAAAGAGCAAAUUCAUAUAUGUGUUUAAUUUAUACUACAUAAAACUUGUUUCUUAUUAAAUGUAUCGAAUGUAA